GUUCAUAUACAUGCAUGCAUAAGAUGGUGAAAUUAUAGAAUAGCAUCCAAUCAGAAAUUCACAAUGGCAUCGGAGGAGUUUCUCAAGCAGAGCAAGUUGCCGUCUGAUUACGAAGACAAGAAACAAAAGAUGUGUCAGUUUGUGACCAGAAAUGCUGACAAGAAAUGUGUACUUGUGACGUCAGGCGGGACCACUGUACCACUUGAGAGUCGCACCAUACGCUACAUCGAUAACUUCAGUGUUGGAACGAGAGGAUCAGCAUCUGCAGAAUAUUUUCUUGCUCAGGGUUAUGCAGUUCUGUUUCUUUAUCGUCACCGUUCCUUGGAGCCAUUUUCCAGGCACCUGUCAAAGAUAAAUGUACUGGAUAUAAUAAAAUCAUCACAUAACACCCUAUCAGUCUCAGAGGAUUGGACGUCCAGGAUAUCUGCCAUACUGGAGAAAUACAACCAGGUGAAGAGUGGCGGAACCUUGUUACAGAUAGAGUUCACCACUGUGGGGGAAUAUAUCCACCUGCUAAAGACAGCCGCUGAUGCUAUGAGACCUCUGGGGCCACGGGCCAUGCUGUAUCUGGCAGCCGCUGUGUCAGAUUUUUACAUUCCUACAGAUGAGAUGCCUGAGCACAAGAUCCAGUCUGGUAACGGACCACUGCAGAUCUCACUCCAACUCGUCCCUAAGAUGCUAAAACCUCUCGUCAAGGAGUGGAUACCUCAGGCAUUUGUUAUUUCUUUCAAGCUGGAAACAGACCCUAGCCUUCUUCUAAAGAAAGCAAAAGAAGCACUUGAAAAGUACAGCCAUCAGGUAGUUAUAGGAAACAUCCUUGAGACUCGUAAAGAACUAGUCUGGGUGGUCACUGCCACAGAGUCCAGUCCAUUUCAGAUCAGACUGACCCCUGAGGAAGCAGACAGUGGCGUGGAAAUAGAAAAGUACAUUACUGAAUACCUGGCAAAGAUGCAUGAAACUUUUAUAACGCGAGCUGACAGUGUGAAAUGAAUAUCGGUGCAGCGCGUGAGAUUUUUUAAAAGAAAAGCCUGAAGCAAAGUUGGAUUAGCAGGAAUUAUACGAUAGUACAUAUAUCAUGUCUAAUGUUUUUUAUGGCUGCGGGUUUUUGGUUAGUGUACUAAGCUGAUAGGGGUUACGAACGCACCAUUAAAUCUAGCUUUCUAGGAGCAAUAGAAGUGGAUGAGAAAGGUCUCAUAAACGAUACUUACCUUUUUUUUAUCUCGGACGUCGAAUUUUAGAGCACAAUCACCAAAAUAAUGACUCAAGCCACGAUUUUGUGGCAUUUCAUGCUCGUAAUAAAUAUAUCUCUUUUUUCUCUUUUGUGGUCUGAAUGUGAAAAAGUGAAGUUCGUCAGUUUAAUAUAUAAUUCUCUCUUUCAACGUGAAAACUGCAACACACGUUGGUAUAUUUACCAGUACCAGAACUGUCUACUAGUCUGUUAAAAUGAAGGCAUGUCUACAUUUUCCAAAUCGCUUUAUUCCAUCCAAUGUGAAAGCAAUUUUAUACAGGUAUAUCUUUAAUCAAUAACCACCGUCAAACUCAUCAAAAUCGACAAUGUUGUCUCCAUUUACGUCCAUCUUGACAAAUUCGACAUCAAAAUUCAAAGCGGAUCUCUUGGCACCGCGCAGCUUCACAACUGCAGUAUGGAAUUCGACCUUUGAAAUG